GGAAUUGUCAUCUUUUCUAGACCAGACCAGAAGAAUCCAAUCCCUGGUCCAUGGAGAAGACACAUGAGUUCAUCAUAACAUCAUCAAAACACAAAACACAAAACACAAACUCUGUUUCCAUUUAAAACAAAACAUGCAAUCUUCUUCACUUCCUCUCCGCAAUUGCAACCAAUUUUCAUUCUUCCAUUUUCUCCCCACAACAACUUACAAUAAUAAUCACUUUUUUCCUGUCAUAAUAACCAAAUCAAAAUCCAUGUCUUCUUUCUCUUCAUCUUCUUCUAAAUCCAACAACACCACACAACAACAACCUCAAAUUCCAAACAUUGAACAACAAGAACAAAAACUGUCCCAUGUUCUCAAAUACCACAACCAAACCAAACACAAUUUCAACAACUAUGCAAGAGGACCACAUGGUCUUGAUUGGGCAAACCAACCAAACCCAUUUCGCAGGUACAUCUCUUCACCACUUUUACCUCUUCUCCAUUUUACCCCUCAACAAGAAAAACAAGAAUCACCCUUUUACCCUUCUCUAUUCAAUUCACUUCCAUCUCCAAAAUCCAUUUCCAAAACCACCAUUUCUCAAUUCCUCCAUGAUUCUCUUGCACUUUCAGCUUGGAAAAGUACAAGCUUUUCAACUUGGUCUUUAAGAGUAAACCCUAGUAGUGGAAAUUUACAUCCAACUGAAGCAUAUAUCAUAUCCCCUUCAAUUGAAUCAAUCUCUGAUGAACCUUUUGUUGCUCAUUAUGCUCCAAAAGAACAUUCUUUGGAACUUAGAACUCAAAUCCCAUCUGGGUUUUUUCAUAAAUUUUUUCCACCUAAUUCUUUUCUUGUUGGGUUUUCUUCCAUUUUCUGGCGUGAAUCGUGGAAAUAUGGUGAACGUGGUUUUAGGUAUUGUAAUCAUGAUGUUGGUCAUGCUAUUGGUGCUGUUUCAAUGGCUGCUGCUACUCUUGGUUGGGAUGUUAAGCUUUUGGAUUGCUUAGGUUUUGAAGAGUUGAAGUUUCUUAUGGGACUUCAUGUUUUUCCUGAAUUUGAAAGCCCUUUACGUGCUGUUAAAGGUAAGAUUCCUGAGAUUGAGUUUGAGCAUCCUGAUUGUGUAAUGCUUGUUUUUCCGAGUGGCGUUAGCGUUAGUGAGUUUGAUUUGGAUUAUAAGGCGUUGAGUAAUGCUAUAUUGGAUUUUUCGAAGUUGGAUUGGAUAGGGAAACCGAAUUCGCUUAGCAAAGAACAUGUUUGUUGGGAUAUUAUAUAUAAAACUGCUGAAAUUGUUAAAAAGCCGUUGAAUUUAGAAGAUAGGUUAGUGGUUGAUACAUUUCAAAGAAGUGGAAUUUAUAGUGAAACCGAAACGGAAAGAAUUUAUAAGGGUUUAACUGUGAGGGAAGUUGUUAGGAAGCGUAGAAGUGCGGUUGAUAUGGAUGGAGUUACAACAAUGGAGAGGGAAACAUUUUAUCAGAUUUUGUCACAUUGUCUUCCUUCUGGUUUCGAAGCUGGAAAGAAGCAAAGGAGACAAAUUUCUUUGCCGUUCCGAGCCCUUCCUUGGGAUGCCGAGGUUCAUGCUGCUUUGUUUGUUCAUAGAGUGGUAGGGUUACCUCAGGGAUUGUAUUUCCUUGUGAGGAAUGAAGAUCAUUUUGGUGAGUUGAAGAAAGCUAUGAAUCCUGACUUUGUUUGGACCAAACCAGAGGGGUGUCCUGAUGAACUUCCUCUGUAUGAACUCCUUAGAUCAGAUUGUCGGCGGGUUGCUAAGCAGCUUUCGUGCCAUCAGGACAUUGCAAGUGAUGGUUGCUUUAGCCUUGUUAUGUUGGCUCGCAUGGAGCCUACUUUGCGUGAGAAGAACCUCUGGAUGUAUCCACGUUUAUUCUGGGAGACUGGAGUCCUUGGACAGGUGUUGUACCUGGAAGCUCAUGCAGUUGGAAUCUCAGCAACCGGAAUUGGCUGCUUCUUUGAUGAUCCUGUACAUCAAUUACUUGGGUUAAAAGACUCAACCUUCCAGAGCCUAUAUCAUUUUACCGUUGGAAGUCCUGUUGUGGACAAACGUAUAAUGAGUUUACCAGCAUAUCCUGGGCCCGGAGUUGAUGCUUAAUGUCGCACAAUGACUUCACAUUGCCAUUCGAAGUUGAUGCUUAAUGUCCUCUACAUAGUUAAAAUUUUGCGCACAUACACAUCCACACAUUCAAUAUUUUGUGACGAGUUUAGUAAUAAAUAUGGAUUAGUGAUCAUAGUUGGAAAAUUAUACUUCUGUAUAGUUUGAGAUUGGUUGUAUAGUUCAAUUUAAUUCUUAGAUUUCUAUCUUUUCUACAAUGUUUCUCAACAUGGAAAUGUAGUUGAUGACAUUUACCUCAAAAGAGAUUUCUUCUCAUUCUCUCAUUGCUUUUCUAAAAAUGUUAGCUUUGUUUGUAGGAUGAUCAUCUUAGUUUUUUUCUCGAUCUUUACAAGAUCGAUUUCCUUUUAAUCAACUUAUCCCCAAAGUUUUUUUCAAAAUUAUUUUCUCAUCUUUUUGCCGAUGUUUUGUUUCCUGCGAUAAUUGUUAGAUUUGUAGCCUUAUAAUGCUUGUGAAAAGGGUAGAUCAAAAGGGUAUAACGAGUGGUCAAAAUACAGCAUAAUAAGGUCAGGAUGGAUGUGCUCGGAGAGUUGCUCGAUGUGUUAUUCCGUGAGUUGGUUAUGUGCUCGGAGAGUUGCACUUUUAUUUAUUCUUUUUUGCAAAAAAGGCUUUGUUUUGGGCAAGAUUGUGAAACUCAAAUUUUGGUAAUGAGAAUGAGUUUUGGUAAUCAAA